AGGUUCAGAUAGGUCUGUACCAGCUCUGUUGGGGAUGGAGUACCCUGACCCUAUGGGUUCUGGUCUUAAUGUGCCUGUGCUGGGGUGCCAGACUGACCUUGUCUCUGGGAACAUAACACUGUUGGCAGGAACCAUGGAGGACACAGAUGGAAAAGGCCUAGUAGCCAUCCGUUAUGGAUCUCAGACUGUUGAUCCAGUGACAGGCGUGUUGGCCCCUGUAGUUGGUGCCAGACUGGACGUGUCCAGAAAAAAUGUUGUACCGGUUACAGCUUCCUAUUGGCUAACUGUGGCAGAUCAAACUGAUAGUGUGCAGGUAGAGGCGCUGCAGAGAGAGGUGUGUUUGCGAAACACUUACUGGCAGCAGCAAAGGCAGCGAGAGGAAGAUAUUUUCUCUGAUCUGGACUCGGUUCUAUUCCAGUGUCUCUUUAGAGCCACAGAAGGAAACUCUUAUCAGGUUGAGUGGUCGGGGAGGCAGCUCACUGAAGCAGCCGUGGAACUGCAGGAUUCGGCGCAGACUGAGGCACAAAGGAGAGCGGCUCAGCACACCCAGUUGGCUCUGAUCUUGCCUCCGCAUGUAUUAGACAUCCUAUCACUGGGUGAUGAGCAGGAGUGGGAUCGGCAGUGCGUUUGGCACUCAGAGCUUGUGUCAGACCUUGACAAGCUGGAUCUGUGUAUGGAGCAGCUGCAACAAGACAGAGAAAAAUUGGCUACCCAUGGAGGAGACUGGAAUACACCCGUCCAUGUUAUGGACAGAGAGCUGAGGCAGAGAGAGUUGUGGGAGCAGUGUUGUUCCAGACAAACAGAGUUGGAGGUUGAUCUUAAUGCUCUGCGCUUUGUCAGGCACCUUUCUCAGCUCCGUGCCGACACUGCUCAGGCAGUAUUGUGUGGGAACUUUUGCUACAAGGAAUAUGGUCUGAUCCAGUGCAGUGGACAAAGACAGACUGUGGAGGUCAGGGGUUUGCUUCAACAAAUGGCUUUGCCUCUGCUGGAGAAACUGAACCAGCUCUUGGAAGAUAAACAGCCUGCCAGCUUCUCCCCCAACACUUGCAAUCAGCAUAUUUCAGGAAUCUCCACCCAGUCUUUGAGGGAGCCUGUCAAUUUAGCUCAAUCCCUAAAUACUGUUCUACAGGCCAGCUCGACACUGGCACGCAUUUCACAAAGACACGCCCCAUCUUCUGGCAUUUACUCCCAGGAGAGCCAGCCAAUGAAAGAGUCCAGUCAUCCUACAAGAAGUAUCACUGUCCCCACUAUUCCAGAAGAAGAAUGGACCAAGCUGCUGGAGCUUUCCCCUCUGUUCCAGCUGUUGAAGGGGAUGGAUUUACAGCUGAAGGGCUGGGCCUGUGGGGCUGGGCUUCUUAGAGGAGAGCUCUCAGACCGAGGCAAGAGUUUCAUAGACGUCCUUGAUGCUCAGUGGGAAUGUGAGGGAGAGCUGAUCCCUUUGGACCUUUCGGCCCUUAACCCCAGAGAGUUCCUGGUCUACCAACAUGGACUAUUCCUCAUAGACACAUUGAAUAAUCUAAAACUGGCUCCAGUCAUUUCAGUUCAGAUAGCAGCUAGUCUUCCAAACAACAACUACUUCCACAACGUCUUCAGAAAUUCCUUCUUUUACCAGGAGGCCGAACAGACGCUGUUUAUCCGUCGUCAGAGGCUGCAGUCAGUUGGUGGAUUCUCUCUUCUGCUGCUUCACUGUCUGUCCCACAUCAGGAUUACAGACAUGAGCUCUGACUCCAGUCCUGCCUUCCAGAGGCUUUUCUUCAAGAUACUGCAGGCAUGUCUGGGGGAGCUGUUUCAGGCAAGACUGGGCGUGCCCUCCACUGGACAGGAAGCCAAUCUGAGUGUGUUGGUUUAGGACCAAGAGGCCCCUUCAUGAGCCUUAAAGGGGACACUUUCAGAUUCUCAUGCUGCCUCCUUGCUUUACAGGUCUCAUAAACGAAGCAGAGGAUUGCUUUCUGAAGAUGUAAGAAGGAAAUAUUACCUCCCUAUAUGAUUGUUUUCAACUUAGCAUUGAAAAUGCUUCUCUUUGAGAUUCCUCAGAUAGAAGAACGAUUGCUCCUUUAUGUAUUUGUCAUGAGUGGCAGUAUACUAUUUUUCUGCGUUGGAGAGUAACCAGAGCUGUCUUGCAUGUCUCUUGUUGUGUGUCUGUUUGUAAUUAUGGGAUCAGGAAAUCUAGGAACUUCAGAGGAAGCACGGAGAAACGUUGCUGCUCUCCCAUUUUGAAGGACUCUGAAGUGUGAAGGAAAUUAUUGUAUGAAAGAAUACCAACACAGCCAACUCAACAUCUAUUCUUUAUUAUAAGCACUUCAGAGAUGAAUGCUGAGGAAAAUGCAAGUUUUAUACAGAGAGAACAAGACUUAAGGAUUGGCACAUGUUUUACAGACAAACAUUUAUCCCCCAGAAGAAAGAAUAAACAUCCUUGAAUUACACAAGCUUGCUUGCUUGCUUCCUUCCUUCCUUCCUUCCUUCCUUCCUUCCUUCCUUCCUUCCUUCCUUCCUUCCUUCCUUCCUUCCUUCCUUCCUUCCUUCCUUCCUUCCAUGAAGAAACAGUCAUGUCACUUUGUGCUCUAUGCUUAAAGAACUCCUUUUGCACGUAAGCAUUCCCAUUGAUUAAAAAUAUUGUUUAAACACACUAAUAUACUACACUGUAUAAAGUCACUUUAGCUAAAUGUAUGACCCUACAUCUACUCAUUGAUCAUUGUAACAAUAAGUCACAAGGCACCGUUUACUCUAUAAAGUAUUGCUAUCAUAAUGCAAAAUAAUACUUAUCCCACAAAAGCCACAGAUAAAAGACAAAUUGGUUAAACAUAAUGAAGGACGUUUUUGCUUCCAUGCAAGUUUGGAAUGUUAAUAUGAAAGUAACUACUAAACAAUUACAGGAAAAACAUACCAUGUUGCCAAUGCUUUUCAAAAUAUUACAUCAGUACAGAUACUAUUAACAGGGGGGCAGUGACAGCUAGGAAAGGCACUAUACUAUUGUAUGAGGAGCAGUGUACUAACCACUGUUUAUUUUUUAAAUGUUUUCAGAUUUCAGUGAUUAACAAAGAUCAAUUCAAACCCGACCCCUAAAUCGAUGCUAAUCAAAAUUUACGUCAACUCCAAAACAUGUUUGCCAAUCUGAAAAAGGUUUGCGUUUAUAAUAAUGACCUUUAAUGAGUACAAUAUGUGCAUAAUUUUGUUAAACAGUAUAUGAAAAUGCAAAAAAAAUUAUAGUAAUUUGACAAAUCUGAUACUUUGUUGACAUUUUCAGUGAGGUAUGAGGAACUUCAAAUACCCAAACACUUAAAAUCUAAAACAUUGCAUAAUGUAUUAGGUAAAUCCAAGUAAUAACAUUUUAAGACCAUUGUUUUCUGAAAAGUAUUGCCUUAGUCAAUGAAAAUGAAUUUUGUGUUUUUUAUUUUUUUACUUGCGGCAUUCCUUUAAGGUUUUAUAGGCUCUUGGAGUAGAUAUAAAAAUACAAACACAUGUACAAUCUGUGUUUUUACACACACACACACACACACACACACACACCUGUUUCUACUUAGGGUUUGGAGGAUGGGAAGGUUAAAGGAACAAAGGCUUUGCUGAAAUUCCAACUCAUUUUCUGGAAAACAAUCCUCAUCAAUGUUGUCUUCACUUCUGAGUGACUUUGAACGCGAUAAUUAUGAUGAUCAGAAUAAUUCCAACGACAAGUCCGAUGACAUUGAGGGUCUUGGCCGUCUUUGAUGCACUUGCAGCCUCAGUUGAUUCUCCAACAGCAUUGGCAUUUUGUGCCUUUGAAAAGCAAGUAUCAGAAGUAAUUUUUUAGAAAAAAGUAAUUUGACUGAGAAGUUUAAAUAAUCAUAACAAAAACCUGCCAUCACUAGAAAAAACAGAAAAUGUAUUUACUGAUGUGCAACUAAAAAGUAACAAUGAUGCGAUUCUCGUCAAUUCAAAAUGAUAAACCGUUCAAAUGUAAUUUCGAUAUUGCUAUUUACAAACUGUACAAUGCACAACAAUGAUUUGAGUAACAUUUGAGGUAAGGAAAUGUCUUACAAUGCAAGAGCGGAAAACCGCAGAUGAGGUUUAAGACAAGUUUGGUGCUCAAAAAAAGUAACUCACCUUGCAGGAGCAGAUAAUGGCAGCAAUCCCUAGAGGCAGGCAACAGCAUAUAGUGUUAAAAAUGGACCAUCCCAGGUAAGUUGGAACCACAGCACGGGUCUGGCCUGCUUCCAUGGUGUCUCUUUGUCGCUCUUUGAGUUAAUUAAAGUUAUGCUUUGGUUGGCUGAGGCUUGGAUCCAAA